CCGUAACUGCACCGACUGCACCAACUUUUAUUUUCACCCCUCAGGCAUGCAACAAGUCCCGUCUGUUGUGAAAUUGUGACAUAAUUUGUCCCGUUACCAUGUUUGACGACGAAAACUAUUCCCAUGUCAACCUGAAGGAGUUCUCGGGCCACAAAGAUGAGGUGAACUGUUGUGCCUUCUCGCCAGACUGGGAGAUCAUGGUGACAGGAUGUGAUGACUGUUUGGUGCGAGUCUGGAACACUGUCUCCACCAAGAUGGUCUGUAAACUCAGGGGACACCAAGGUGCAGUGAAGAGUUGUGCCUUCUCAAACGACAGUAAGAUGUUUGCCACGGCUUCCUAUGAUACCACGGUGCGGGUGUGGCAGACCAGGACAGGGGACUGUAUACAUGUCCUACAAGGUCAUACCAAGAGUGUGGAGAUGGUUGUCUUCUCUCCUGACUGUACGAAACUGUGUUCUGGGUCAUGGGACUGCAGCGCCAUCAUGUGGGAUGUACAGCAAGGCUGUGUUUUGAGAAUAUUGAGUGGACACAGCAGUCUGGUGCAGUCAUGUGACUUUGACUACAAGGACAAGCAUGUGGCAACUGGUUCGUGGGACUACACAGUCAGAGUGUGGCCUGUCAGUCCCAUUGCGGAUGAGAAAGUGAAGAUCUUACGUGGUCACACCAGUAAUGUGCACGCUGUGGUGUUCGCCAGACUAGGCUUCCUGGCGAGCGGUUCCUGGGAUAAGACAGUGCGUCUGUGGAACCCUGACACCAGCACCCUCCUGUUUGUGCUGUCUGGACACACGGGCUGGGUCAAGGCUCUGGCCUUCUCCAUGGACAGUCUGUACCUGGCUUCUGCUGCGGAGGAUGAAACGGUGCUGAUCUGGGAUGUCACCAGUGGAACAUGUAUUAAGGAGCUCCAGGGCAUGGUGGACCAGGUGCAGACAUGUAAAUACUCCACAGAAGGAACCCUGCUGGCAUCAGGAGCGACAGGUGUCACUCUCAUGGUCAGGAGUAAACCUCAGGGAGAACACAACUCUGGGAGAACACAGGAGACUUCUACAGUGUAGUGGGCUGAGAGGGAGUUGAACUUCAGAAUGUGUUGGCAUCCAUCUGUCUCGGAAGACCAGGGCUCUAGCCAGCUCGAAAUUUUUUUCCGUCAGCCAAUUCUCAUUGUCGCGAAAACACUAUUCCAGGAGUUAGAGAGACUGAACUGAGACCUUUAAUGAGAUUAUUGUAUGCGAAA